GCCGGAGCGCAGGCGGGGAGCCCGGCCGGGCGCGCGCUCACAGCGGCGCGCAGCGGAACGGCCUCCCGCCCCGGCGGCGCCGGGAAGGAGGGCUGGCGGCCUCGUCACGUGUCCUCGGCGAUCGAGAAACAGGCCAGUGAACACCAGCCUGGGUCUGGAUGCAGGACCACGUGCGUUCAAUGCUCACUGACUGUGCUGCUGUCCCCCGAUGGGGCCGACACAGAGAAGUUCCGGUGGUAAGGAGCCCUUCCCAAAUAUAGGAGGAAUAAAGAAGUUACUUCCGCAGCUGUCAGCACCUUCCAACGGGUUGAGCAAAAAUAUUUCAGACGCUGCAGAGAAGACAAUCCCUCCAACCCUAGACGAUGACCAGCCAUGUGACUUUCUCAAGAGAGGGAGUGGGGUGAAUGAAUCUCAUCAGAAAAGCAGCGCUAUGGAUGCUGGCCCAUCUUGGACUAAAGCGCCACGUGGGAAGGACUCUUCAGGAAAAGGGCAGAGUGAGCCCCGAGCCGCCCGCGUGCCCCCCGGACCCGAGAGCAGCGCCCCGGGGGUCUCCCGGCCGGCUGCGGAGGAGCCCGGAGGCGGCGUUUCCCCGGAAGGCAAAGCCGCGAGGAGCCCGCUGGGGGCCGCGGGGAGCAAGCUGUUUCUCGCCGUGCGGUCGAUGGGCAUCCUGAAAGGAGAUGCGGACGAGGACAGCGCCAGCGACCUCUCCGACUCGGAGCGGAUCCCCAUCGCUCCCUCGCCGCGCACGCCUCCAGAUCUCCGCCUGCGGGCGGAAGAAAUUGACCCGGCCUGCUUCGAUCUGGACCUUCACCCGGGUCAGGGCCACGCGAGGGCCCAGUACUGCUACCCGGACUUCCUCCCGCCCCGAUGUAGCGCCUGGGACCUGCGGGGCAUGGCCAUGCUUGUGCACGCGGAGCGCAGGCCCGGCGCCGUGCCGCGCACGGGCGGGCUGCUGGGCAGGUUCGUGGACCGGCUGCUUCAGCUGGAAUGGCUGCAGAUCCAGACCGUCCAGGGCGAGAGGGCCAAGGGCGUCAAAGCCCGGCUGCCUGCUGCGCCCGGGGGCGCCCUGCAGAGCCCUGGGAGAGGUAAGCUCCCCGCAGGGGCUGCGUCCAGGCCCCCCCAGGACGGGGCUCCCAAGCCGGGCCCCGCGCGAAAGAAAGGCCUUCCCCGCACACAGGGCGUGCCGGCGUGCUACCCCUUCGAGACUCCCCCCAGGCCCCUGGAGGCGCUGAGCGGCAGCAGGCUGGGCUCUCAGAAGCAAACCCUGGACGCUCGGACCGAGGAGAAGAAGAAGUGCACCAGGAGCCUCCGGCCGCCGCGCUGGCACCCGGCGGGCGGGGACGGCAGCCUCGCCGUGGAGAGCAGCGGCAACCUCCGCACCCCCAGGCCGUCCGCCCCGGCGCCGGACGCCGCCGACGCCCGCAGGGCCGCCAAGCCGCAGGCGCACGCGCAUCUGAAGAAGAAGGGACACGCCAACAGCUGCGGCCACGCCUCCCUGUCCGGGGAGAAGAAACUCAAGACGAACGGAGCAAAGCAAAACACACAUAAACUCAAAUAACGUCCGGGACGGCGGGCUGCGGAGGCCCGCGGCGGCCUACGCACUAGAGCGAGCUGCUCCCGACGCGCCGACGCUGUGAACUUAGGAGAUGUUAGGACAGCCGCCCUGCGAGGACGAGGAGUCCCUGGUCCUGCAGGCCACCCGGCCCCACCCGGCUAUUUUCCCAAACAGGCGUCUUGCGGGAAGACCCCGUUCGCCGUCGCAAGCGAAUGGCAGCCCUUUGGGUACACAUUAGCCGAGGUCCGCGCCAUGUGAAGGAACAACUCCCCGGGGGAGCGUCGCCCCCACGGAACCAGAAGGCGCGUGGAGAACAGUGUGGGGGGCGCUCGGCUCCCUCCCGCUUUCCCUGUCCCCGCGCGUGGGGAGCAGCCCAGCAGCUCUCACGGGCGGGCGGGCGCUCCGCCUCCGAGGUGGGCGGCCUCUGGUGUCCGACCCUCAGGGGCCCUUGGAGCCUCUGCCCAACUCUGGGUCCCAGGAGCUGGGCCCCUCUUCAAGUCGGGGAGUGCGCAUCUGGAGCCAAGUCUCUUAUCACGGAGCCACCUGCUGUACAGAGGCCGCGGCAUCCAGUGUUUUCAUACACUUUCUCUGACGUGGGCUUGAAAAGAAGUAAAAAGGGGCAUCUUCAGUUUACGGCUGGCGGCUCUCCGUGUCCUCUAAGCUGAGGACAAACGCGUGCGGCCUGUCGGGCGGGGGCGUCUGUGGGGUGAGGGGGCACUGCCACCGUCUGGUGGGGCAGCAUGGGGUCCGUGCGUCCCAGCCCCCCCCCCCCCCCAGGCGCCCGGGAACACCGCUGGGUGGAGUUCGCAAACGAAGGGCCCGAGCCGUAGAGACGCUUGGGGCCUCUCUGAAUGGAGCCGUCACCACAUCACCGCGUUGGGGCCUGCAUCCCGCGGCCUGGGGCCAGAACGGCGGUCUUCCCAGUUUGCCAGUUUGCGGGAGCAGGACCCCAGAGCCUCGCUGGGGGCGGGCUGGGCAGCGGAAGCGCGUGAAGCUCCUGCCUGUCUCCUGGCCGGCCUGGGGCUUCCUGCCGCCCCUGAGGUCUCCCCCUGUCGCUGCAGCUAAGAAACGUGCAGCCGCCCCGGGCCGUGCCGGCACCUUCUGCCGGCAUUCUCGGAACAGCUCCACAGCCUUCGUUGGACUGCUGCUUGCUGUACAGUGUGUUGCAAUGACGUAGCCGACCGUCCCCCUGUAAAGGAUUAUCCUGUUUUCUAUUGUUUUAUACAACGUGUUUCUCUUGUUUUCAACGCUGGGGGCGGAGGAGAAACGUGGCACUUCUCACCUGAACAUUCGUCACAGCUUGCGGACGUGUCACCCAGCAGCAGUCAGCGUCAUCCGGGGCACUGUGUGAGUGACGGCGUAAGGACAAGAUACAUGUACUUAGAGCCGUGGGCCGGCGUUAACUAUUCAGAUCCUGUGUUGAAACCUGGCUUCCGGCCACAUGAAACAACGCGUAAACCGUGGCCGGCAGCCCUUCCCUCCCCAGACUCUGCCUUCAGGAACGUGCAGGGCCUGUCCUUCGCCCUGCACCCCCCCAGCCCGCCCAGCGGGGGGCAGCAUGCUCUUGCCCGAGUCCCACACCUCCCCGUGGGGACGAAGGCUGGACGUCUGUGUGCGGCACUUCCAUCGUCCCCAGGGUGGCACCCUUCAUUCCCGGUAUGGGAGCUGUGUGAGCUGUGUUCUAGAAGCGCAGGGCCGCUCUACUUACCUCCCCGCGCACCCCCGUGGCACCCCGCCUGUCCAGGGCCACCUGCUGCUUGUGAGCGCGGGCGGGUUAGCCCUUCCUGCGUGCCGGCAGCGAGCCCCGAUUCCUCCUCUGCCAGACUUCCACCCAGCUCUUCAGGAGUUUCACCCAUCCGUGUGGGCGCUCUCGGGGCCCCUGCAGGGUGAGGCCCACGUGGUUGGCUUUGCUGGCCUCGUGUGCGUCUGAGCUGAUGGCCACGAUGCGUAAGAGAUUCAGAGCUAACGGCGCGAAUGUUACAUUGGUCCCUUGCUCUCAAAUCGGAGGGUGUUGCUUCAUUUGGGGAUUAGUCAUGAGGUCGCGCGGCAAGGCAGUGUGUAAAGCCUGGAGAAGUGACUUUGCUCGCCUGGGCUCUUCCUCAGGCCGAUGGUUUACUUUUACCCAUGUCACUGUGACGGGCUCAGGCCCACCAGGGGCGCACGCGCAGUCUCGGCGUGGUGACUCGAGAAGUGUUGUGACUCGGUGUUGUGGCUUCCCAGGUGGAUGGUGUUGGAAAGUGAAGCCGUGAGCUCAUCCAGCUCACGUCCAGGCCACUGAGCCUCUUGCCAACCUGGCGACAGAGGCCGCUGUGUUUCUGAGAAGUGCCUCCCUUUUCUGGGGAGCUGUUUACCUACGAGGUGCAUUUAAACUGAGGGAAACAGCCCAAAGUGUGAAGAAGUAACGACCAAGAAAAUUCAGAGAGUGGAAGAAGAACACCAGCCUUGGAAUCAGUGAGUGGGGAAAGUUUUAAACAUGCACGAAAGUGGACUACAGAUCUCUGCCAGUGUUAUCUGCGGCUGUUUAGGCCUGGGCUGUUCCUGCAGACUUGACGCACUAAACUGGCCGAAGGGUUAUAACAGCUUGGCGGGGCGGGGGGGGUGACAUCGGGGGCCUCAGACGGAAAGGCAGAGGCCGUCGCCAGCCCCAUGGAAGCCAGCGGCCAAAGGGAAGAUGGUCCGUGGGGCCCUCAGGCCUGGGAGGCUAGUUCCCAAAGAGACUAAGAAUCCCUCCUUCCACGAUGCACUAGGUACUCCCUCCUUCCGCUUUCCUUCAUGCUCGCGUCCUUGCCCAGUUACACGAAAGCAAAACUCUCGGCGGGGGUGUGUUUCGAGGUGGCAGAGCGGCACUAUUUAUGAUUUAUUUAUUCACAAACGUGUGCGGAGCCCCAUUCCGAACGGCCCGAAAGCACGCAGUGUGUUGUUCGCUGUGCGCUGGGGGGACCACUCCCGCGCGCUCGGUUCCGUGUGCAAUAAAACCGAAGCCUCGA